GGUAAAACUGAAAAUUAAAUUGAAGAAUUCCCAAAUUCCUUCGCAUCUUUUCCUUGUGACGGUAUCCAGGUUUGCAACUCCGCAAUUCCCACCGUAACCACGCCCAGAUUUUGAUUACUUCGCCGCAAAACUUGGCGUCCGAUAAUGUAUGGUGCCUCCGGUAAGCUCGGCCGUGGCCGAGGCGGUGGUCCUCCCAAGCGGAAUAUCCACUCCACCUUCCAACCGUCUUCUGUUCAACGACCAUCCGCUGCCCCUGGCGGUGGACGUCUCUCCGCCGGUGGUGGUCACCGUAACCGUAAUAAUACCCCUGCCGCCCCCGCCGCAGUCUCUACGGUUGACGAAACCUUCAGUUUAGUUCGUAACAACCCUCUCAACUUUGGUAUGAUUAUCAAGCUCUCACCUGUCCUUGUCGAAGAAAUCAAGCGCCUCGAAGCCCAGGGCCAUGCCGCCAGGAUCAAAUUUGAUUCAAGUGCUAAUAAUCCUGUUGGAAAUGUGAUCGAUGUAGGGGGCAAGGAGUUCAGAUUCACAUGGGCCCAAGAAACUGGAGACCUAUGUGACAUAUAUGAAGAACGCCGAAGUGGUGAUAAUGGAGAUGGAUUGCUUGUUGAAUCUGGAGGUGCUUGGAGAAAGUUGAAUGUGCAACGUGAAUUAGAUGAGUCAUUAAGCAACCAUGUUAAAAUGCGCACAGUGGAAGCAGAUCGCAAACACAAAUCACGAAAAGCCAUUAUUUUAGACCAUGGAAACCCAUCUAUGAAGAAGGCGUUAGCUGCAGCUGAAGUGAAUAAUUCAUGGAGAGGAUCAUUCAAUAAAAAGAAAGAACCCCCUUUCAAAAAGAUGAAAGGCGAACCUUCUUCAGCAGUAAUCCCUCCAAAAUCUGGUGGAAAACCUGGAUUAUCCUCCUCAACUCCUUCCAAAAUCAGGGCUUCUGCUUCACCAAUACUAUCUACCCCUGAACAAUCUGGUGUUCCAUUGUCCCCACUUAUAAAUAGGAAUAUUACCAAAGUGCCCUUAAACAGAGAAGAUGCUACUUUGACUCAAUCUAGUAAACCAAAUGCUAGCACCUCUGAGAAAGAAAUAGUCAACAGAGUUCCCACUGGAAUUUUACAUAAUAAACAAGGGAGCAAUGAAAGAUUUGGAAACAAACCUUCUGACCUUCAAAGUCUGCUUAUUUCUCUUUUAAUGGAAAAGCCACAGGGAUUGAACUUCAAGGCUUUGGAGAAAGCUGUUGGAGAAACAAUUCCAAAAUCCGUGAAACAAAUUGAGCCCAUCUUGAAAAAAAUUGCUGUUUUCCAACCUACAGGAAGAUAUAUUUUGAAACCAGAUUUUGAGUUAGAAAGUUCCAGGAAAUCAUUAUCUGAAAGUGGAAGUUCUCCAGAGAACAACAAUCACCACAGAGAAACAAUGGGUCCUGAAUUAACCCUAAAACCUGACAACAUGAAGGAAUUUGAAGAUCCAUCUCACUUAAUUCCCGAAUCUUAUGAAGACUUAAACACUUCAGACAAAAUCGACAUUGAGCAUCGUUCUCCAGAUGUAUUAUUACAUGAGAAAAAAGUCUCAGAUAACAGUGAAGGCCCUGCAGCCACCUCUAGCUUAAGUGGAAGUGACAGUGACAGUGAAAGUGACAGCAGUGACAGUGGAAGUGACAGUGGGACCCCCAAAAGCCGUGUAGGCAGUGGAAGUGACAGCAGUGACAGUGAAAGUGAUGACGCCUCUUCAAACAGUAAACAAGGCUCUGAUGAAGAUGUUGAUAUCAUGAGUGAUGAUGAUAAAGAACCUAAACAACAAUUCACACCACUUCCACCUCCAGUUCCACUUCAUAAUGAUCAUGUCUCUGAUUUACUUUUUGGUAAAGAUUUGUUUGAAGAUAACCAUGAACACGAUAACGAUAACGAUAACGAUAAAGAUGGAGAUAAUUACGAAAACGCCACUAGAAACACCUUCAUUGAUCAUCAAGAGAGUGAACUCCUCAAGAACAAACGGGGAUCUGACGAGAAACAUUUUGAUGAAAACGAAAAUUCAAAAAGAUUAAAAACCGGGAACUGGGGUAGAACGGUAAUUUCAAGAGGGGGACACUCUUUCUCUGAGAGCCCUCCUAGUGAAGGACCUUACAAGGGUACUGCUGCUACUACCAAUCAAAUGAAUAGAACUGUUCGUGAUGUGUCUGAUUACGACUUUGAUAAACUCGGGAAUCGUGAAUUUCCGGGAAAUUCCACUUCGGAUUCCCCAAGAUCGAUCGAUCUUAAUAUGGGUGUAAAAGGUUUUGGGACAGAUAGACAUGGUGAGGGGUUAGAUGGUCAUUUCAAGGAUAAAAAACCUCCAAAGAAUUCAAGGUUAGGUGGCGAUGGAAUCAAACAUUCCGGGUCUCGUGAAAAGAAACAACACGGUGGAUCAAUUGGGAAGAAUAAGGAUUCCGGACUAGUAAUUAAGGAUUCCCUCAUGGACUUAAAAAAAUCGCCUGUUGUAAAUGGAUGUGGGCCCGGGCCCACACUCAGAAGAGAGCUUUCGGAUUUAGAAAUGGGUGAGCUUCGUGAGAAUUUACAAGAAGAACCCUCGGGGGGUAAUAAAAAGAGGGUCGAGAGAAAUAAUUCGUUCAAACAAGCUGAAAAAAGUUCGGAUUACUGGAAUCUUGAUUCAAGUAAAGGAAAGAUCUCUGGAAUUGGAAGAACAAGUCUGGAAUCUGUAAAACCUGUUGUUGAUGAUCAUCUUGAUGACUUCACAAAGGUUAAUGGAAAGCCCAUGCAUGUGAAGCCUGGUUCACAACAUAAUAAUAACAGUAAAGGUAGAGAGGUAGUGGCAGGGGCAAUAUUGGGAAUCGGGUCAGAAGGGUAUACGGACAGUCAAAGAAAAGCACCACCACAUAAGCAUGAGAAACAAGUGGGACCCGUUGCAAAUAAGAAGCAAAAAAGUAACAACGAUUUAGGUGAAAAAAGAAAGGAUUUGUGGGAUAGUGGUCAAAAAAGGAGAGAGAUGGAGUCUUGUUCAGAUGAUAGCAUUACUUCAUAUACAAAAUACGAGAAAGAAGAGCCAGAAAUGAAAGGACCAAUAAGAGAUCUUUCACAGUACAAUGAGUAUGUGCAGGAGUAUCGGGAGAAGUAUGAUUGUUACCAAACGUUGAAUAAGAUUUUAGAGUCUUACAGGAAUGAGUUUCAAAACUUUGGAAGGGACCUUGAGGUCGCUAAAGAAAGGGACAAUGAUAGAUAUAACAAAAUAUUGGAUCAGUUAAUGGAAUCUUAUCGUCAGUGUGGAACGAAACAUAAACGACUGAAGAAGAUAUUUGUUGUUCUUCACCAUGAACUCCAGCAUUUGAAGGAGAUGAUUAGAGAAUUUGCUGAGAAACAAACAAAAGGAGGAUGAGGUUUAAAGUUUUGGAUUAGUUAUGGCGGAUUUGGUAUAUAAACACUGUACAUUUUACUUGUUUUACAUUUUUACUUUUUACUGUUUUUUUGGGUUUAUUUCAUUAGAAUGGUUUUGUUUUUGGUUUGGGUGUAAUAUUUGUAGUGCACAGUGUCAGUAUAGUACACGUAUGGUAGAUUUAAGGUUUACAUUUUACAUUUUGGCAUCUAGUUUGAUGCCAAAUUUGAUUUGAAUUUUUUGAUCCAAAACUGGAUCAAGAGUUUUUUUUUCCUCUUUAUGUACAAAGUAAACCUCGUUGGUUGGUUGGUUGGUUGGAGUCUUAUUGUUGCCUUUUAGGUGUUCUUGA